CUUGGGUGUGGACGCGAAGCAGUUUUGCCAUCUUCAACGCAAUCUGACCUUCGUCCAUCAUGGCGCCGCCGAGAAAGCAAAUAAAUAUUGGCUUCCCCAUAUUCGCUGUUGGGUUUACCCCAAAGAAACCACGUAUUGUAAUAGGGGGCGGCGGCGGUGCUACACGAGCAGGGGUGAAGAAUGCGAUGAUCCUCUACGAUUUGAAUCCUCUUACCCUGGAUAUGACACCUGUCGCUGAGCACCAGUUUGGAAAAAAGGAUGAUGGUUGCAUGAGCAUCGCGGUGCAUCCAAAGGAGAAAGCAUUUGUAGCUGGAGUAAACAGCCCUGAGGAUCAAGUCGCAGAGGGAAGGAACGAAAACUGUCGGGUCUUCCAUCUGAAAGGCGACCAGUUCAUUCUGCGUGAUACUCAUAAGACACUCGAUAGCAAAGAUCCGUUCUUCCAUCAAAAAGUUGCACGUUUUAGCCCGGACGGUAAACUCCUGGUGACAGGCACAACAGACGGCAAGCUUAGCCUUUGGACAUGGCCAGACUUCCGGUCUGCGGUACCGGCUAUCGACCACGGAGGAGAAAUUUCGGACGCUGAUUUCGACCCAUUUGGGAAACAGCUCGCAUCGGUGACAGCGGACAAAUGCUACGUCACGGAUACGUCGGACGGACGGACUGUCUGGUCCAUAGAAAACCCGAUGAUGCAGAAGACCAUUAAAAGCGCAUUCCGUGCCUGCCGGUUCGGGAUAGCGGCAUCACAAGGAUACCUCUUCCUCGUAAUCAACACAAAAGACCGCAAGAAAUCAUAUAUAUGUAAAUGGCAGACUUCAGGGUGGAAGCUUCACAGACAGAAGGCCAUUUCGAACAAACCAACGACGUCAUUCGCCAUCAGCGACAACGGCGAGCUACUGGGUUAUGGAUCGGCGGAUUUGAGCGUUAGUGUCAUAUCAGCUAAGGGUUUACAGAACGUGUAUCGUGUGCCAAACGCGCACGGAUUCCCCGUCACAACCCUUGCUUUUAGCCCCAAUUCACAGUUACUGGUCAGCGGUUCCGCGGACGGUACAUGCCAUAUAGCCGUGGUCCCUCAAAGUUCAGGUUCGCUGUAUCUCAUCCCUCUAUGUCUCCUGGCCCUUUUCAUGGUUGUUCUUUUAACGUAUUUGGUCUUGCUGGAGGAUGAACAAGAGCUGUAGGCGAACGCCAGCAUACCGGCGGACUUUGCCAUAUUGCGGAUGACCCAUUUUUAUGUAAUAAAUUAUUCCUUCUGUAUCAUAGGAUCGAUCGUUUUCCA